AUGAGAGAAGAAAAGAACAGGCCAUUUUCUCCUAAAGAUCUAGGCAAAGAUGAACUGUCAGCCAAAGCUGUUCAUUGGAAAGAAAAAGAAGGGUUUAAAUUAUUACAAACAGCACUUGCAAAACAUGUGGCUCAUCCACCAGGAAAAAUAGAUAAGUCAACUAAUAGAUUCAAAAUUAUACCUGAAAUGGUUCCAGAAUUUAUUGUACCUGAUUUGACUGAUUUUAAGCUUAAACCAUAUAUCUCCUAUCGUUCUGAAUCAGUGAAACAAGACAAAAUAACAGCCAAGAAAUUGUUCCAUUUAUGCUAUGCUGAUAAGGUAAAGGAAAUUAAAGAACAGAAAGCCAGAUCACAAGCAGAAGAGACACAGUUACAAAAUGAAGAUCCUAAAGUGAAGUGA